AUGGCGUUCAACGGGAAAGCCCCGUACGCCCCGGACUAUGCCUCCUACAACUGGAUAGGCGCCCCCUCCAAUUACGACCUCUCGACCAACACAGACUUGGGCGGCGAUUCCCGCACCGAAAAUGUCAACAAAUGGUUCCAGGCCGGCGACCAGGCCUACAUCCUCGUGGCCUCGGCCAUGGUCAUGGUCAUGAUCCCCGGUCUCGGCUUUUUAUACUCGGGAUUGGCUCGCCGAAAGUCUGCCCUGAGUAUGAUCUGGGCUUGUAUGGCUUCGUUCUCGAUCGUGACCUUCCAAUGGUAUUUCUGGGGUUAUUCGCUUGCUUUCUCCCCGACGGCGACCAACGGUUAUAUCGGCAACCUGCGAAACUUCGGUUUAAUGAAGACCUUGGCUGAUCCUAGUCCUGGUUCUCCACUGGUUCCAAACUUACUCUAUGCGUUUUAUCAGAUGCAAUUCUGCGGUGUCACUGCAGCUAUCGUCAUGGGAGCGGUCGCUGAACGCGGUCGCCUUCUGCCCGCCAUGGUCUUCGUCUUCAUCUGGGCGACUAUCGUUUACUGUCCGCUAGCCUGCUGGGUCUGGAACGUCAACGGCUGGGCCUACAAGUACGGCGUGAUGGAUUACGCCGGUGGUGGUCCCGUCGAAAUCGGUUCCGGUUUCACAGCUCUGGCCUACUCGAUGGUCCUCGGUCGCCGACAGGAACGCAUGAUGCUCAACUUCCGCCCACACAACGUCUCCCUCAUCCUCCUCGGCACAGUCUUCCUCUGGUUCGGUUGGCUCGGGUUCAACGGUGGAUCUGCCUUUGGAGCUAACAUGCGCGCUACCAUGGCCUCCUGGAACACUAACCUGACUGCCGCCUUCGGUGCCAUCACCUGGGUCCUGCUCGAUUGGCGUCUGGCUCGCAAGUGGUCAAUGGUCGGCUGGUGCUCCGGUACCAUCUCGGGACUCGUAGCUGCGACACCCGCCUCCGGAUUCAUCUCGCCCUGGGCUAGCGUCAUCCUCGGCAUUGUCACCGGCAUCGUGUGCAAUUACUCCACCAAGAUCAAGUACUGGAUCCGAAUCGACGACUCUAUGGAUGUGUUGGCCGAGCACGGCAUCGCAGGAAUCGUCGGCCUGAUCUUCAACGCCUUGUUCGGUGACGACGCCAUCGCCGGUCUGGACGGUGUCAGCACCGGCACCGGCGUCGGCGGCUGGGUCAUCCACAACUACAAGCAGCUGUACAUCCAGAUCGCCUACAUCGUCGCGACCGCCUCGUACUCCUUCGUCAUGUCCACGAUCAUCGCCUACGCCAUCAACGCCAUCCCGGGCCUGAACCUGCGCGCCUCCGAGGAAGCCGAGCUACUCGGCAUGGACGACGACCAGCUGGGCGAGUUCGCCUACGACUACGUCGAGGUCCGCCGUGACUACCUCGCCUGGACCCCACAGAACCACGACCAGCUCGCCGACGGCCACGAGGUCCCCGCCGCGCAGCGCUACGGCAUCGGCGAACACAGCGAGAUGAUGCUCGGUAGCUCGCCGCGCGAGGUGAUGCUCGAGGGCCACUCGCCUAACGGGCAGAGCAGCCGCGGCGGCAGCGAAGGCGACGUCGGCAUGCACGAAAUCAAGAUCGCGCCUGCUCCUCGCCAGGCCGCCGAGCAGAAUCAGAAUCAGAAUCAUUCCGAUGCUCAGGGUGAACCUGUUGUGCUAAAGCCGGUGCAAGAGAAGACGGAGAACUAA